AGCCAAAUGAAGAUGACUUCUAUAUUCAAUUUGAUCAAAGAUUCCAAGAAGAUUUCGGAGCAGAUGUAGCAAGCAACUAUGUUGAAAUAGAAGAAAGAUCCCAAGAGGAGUUUGUGCAUAAACACAAUGGUUCAGAUUACCAUGGAGAUUAUGAAAUGAUUACAUGUGAAAGAGAAUAUGUCAUCAGAGAAUGUCCAAUUGUUUCAGUUUCAAGUUUGCAGACAGAAUCUCCUAUUAACAGUUCAAAUUAUUUGGAAGAUUUCACUCAUAAAGAUAUUACUUUGGAUGAAGCUUGUCAAUUUGAAAAUGAAACAAGAAAUAUACUCUUAGUCAGUGAUGAGGGGAUUACUGAAGCGAAGAAAGACGAUGAAACUGCAAAUGAUGAUGAAUUUUCAAGAAGCACCAGUAUGAUUGUGAAUGAACCAGCUCAUGGUGUUGAUAGAGCAAUUUUGCAUGAUCCUGUGAAUCCUUCUCCAAAGGAAACAAAGACCGAGCCUAGUCUGAAUUUUGAAGUGAAAAAUAUUCAAGUGCGCAAAAGCAGUUCUUCAAGAUCAUCAAAGGACCCUGCAAAAUAUCAUGGUAGAGAGAGUCCAAGGAGAACAAAUAUGGGAAAGAAUUCCUCUAAACCUGCAACUCCAACUACUCGAUCAUUGAGCAGAACCACCAAAGAGGUUUCUAAAGUUCCGGAAAGCCUAAUUCUUGAAAGAAAAAGUGAUAAAGUUUCAAGGGUUAGAAAGGAUGCAGAAUCCCAAGCUACUGUGCUAAAAACCAAUUCCAAAGGAAUUCAAGAAGCAGAGAGGUCAAAUUGAACUUUCAAUACAACAAAGUCUGAUGGUAAGCCUAAGGCUGCAGCUUUCAACUUUAAAUGUAGUGAACGAGCGGAACGGAGAGAAGAGUUCUACUUGAAGUUGGAAGAAAAAUUGCA